AUGGAGAACGUUAAUCACUUGGACACUUCUAACGCAACUGUUUUUAACGAUACAUUUAUAAUUAGAGAGAGAGAUGGAGACGAGGAAUCUGUACAUAGUGAAACGUUUGCUAAAGAAAGAUUGUUACAAGGAAAUAUAACUGAUUAUAGAUGUGACAAAGAAAUACAUACGGGAGAAAAACGCUAUCGUUGCGAGAUAUGUGAGAAAUAUUUUGUGAAUAACAUCAAAUUAACAAAACAUAGAAGAAUACACACUAAAGAAAAGCUAUUUCGUUGUGAAAUAUGUGGGAAAUCUUUCGUUAAUAAUUCUAGUCUUCUCAUCCAUGUUCGUAGUCAUACUGGAGAGAAACCAUUCAACUGUGAAUUGUGCGGGAAAUCAUUUGUUUGUAACAGUGUCUUAACAUCACAUACAAAACUACACACCGGAGAAAAACCCUACCAUUGUGAAAUAUGCGGGAAAUCGUUCAUUAAUAACGGUCUCUUAAAAGCGCACACAAUUAUACAUACUGGAGAAAAACUGUUCCAUUGUGAAGUAUGUAGGAAAUCUUUCAUUCGGAAUUCACAUCUUGUUAUUCACAUGCGUAGUCACACUGGAGAAAGACCGUUCCAUUGCGAAAUAUGUGGCAAGUCUUUCGUCUCUAACAGUAUCUUAACAACUCACAAGAGAACACAUACCGGAGAAGAACUGUAUCACUGCAAAGUAUGUGGGAAAUCUUUCUCUGAUAAUUCUAGUCUUGUGGUUCAUAGACGUCGUCACACUGGAGAAAAACCCUACAAUUGUGAAAUAUGCGGGAAAGCAUUCAUUAAUAAUUCUCAUCUUGUAGUUCACAAACGUAGCCACACCGGAGAGAAACCGUAUCACUGCGAUGUUUGUGGGAAAUCUUUUAUUAACAAUUCCCACCUUGUUGUUCACAAACGAAUUCACACUGGGGAAAAACCGUAUAACUGUGAGAUAUGCGGGAAGUCGUUUAUAAACAAUUCUCAUCUCGUAGUUCACAAACGUAGUCACACUGGCGAAAAACCAUGUCGUUGUAGAAUAUGUGAGAAAUCUUUUAUUACAAAGGAUCACUUGAAAAGACAUGAACAAAUACACACAGGAAGGAAGACAUUUAACCAUGAAACAUGA